AUGGCCUCUCUCCUCCUCCCAGUCCUCCUCCUCUCCCUCCUCUCCUCCUCCUCAACGUUAACACCACCACCCUCCUCCCCCAGUCCCUUCACCGCCAAAGCCGCCGCCCUCCGCUACUGGCACCGGAAGAACCCCCACCACCGCCCCCUCCCUCCAUUCCUCCUCUCCAAACUCUCCCCCCUCUCCCCGCUCUCCUCCGCCGCCCUCUCCUCCGCCCUCUCCUCCGCCACCACCCCCCUCCCCUCCUUCCUCUGCUCCGCCGCCCACCUCCUCUGCUCCUCCUCCCACUCCACCUCCCCUCCUUCUCCCUCCGACUUCUCCAACUACAACCAUGCCAACUUCUCCUCCUACGGCGAUUCACUUUCCGGCGGCCGCGACGCCUUCAAGAUCUACUCCUCCGACGCCAAUACCGCCGCCGACUCCUUCCACCGCUACUCCCUCCGCUCCUCCUCCCGCCCGGACUCCUUCUCCUCCUACUCCUCCGACGCCAACAUCGCCGGCGCCUCCUUCUCCUCCUACGCCGCCGCCUCCUCCGGCGCCUCCGGUUCCUUCUCCUCCUACGCCGCCAGCGCCAACGUCCCCGACCUCCGCUUCUCCUCCUACGACCCCGCCGCUGUCCACCGCCCCCGCACCUUCUCCUCCUACUCCUCGGAGUCUAACUCCGGCGGCCAGCGCUUCUCCUCCUACGGCCAACGGGCCACCGCCUCCCCAGCCACCUUCACCACAUACGCCACCGACGCCAACGUCCUCGGCACCGGCUUCGCCGCCUACAGCGAGGCCGCCACCGCAGCCAACGACACCUUCUCGUCGUACGGAUCCCUCACGAACCGGCCGUCGAACACCUUCCGGACGUACGGCGACGGCGCGAGUGGCGGGGUGGAGAGCUUCGCCACGUACCGGGAGAGGGCCAACACCGGCGACGACACCUUCCGUUCCUAUGCGAAGCACGGGACCGCGGCCCGCGCCGACUUCUUAAACUACGGGGCCUCCUUCAAUCCCGGGUCGGAUUCUUUCAACGGGUACGGGGAAGGAUCCAUAAACCCGGUAAUCGGGUUCAGGGUCUACGCCGGCGACAAUACCACCUUCAAGGCAUACUCCAAAUCCGGCAUCACCUUCGCCGCUUACCGCAACAAGUCUUCCAACCCAGGCCCACCGCACGCCAAUGGCAAAUCUGUAAAUAAGAAAAGGAUCGAGCCCGGAAAGUUCUUCAGAGAGAGCAGUCUCAAGAAUGGGACGGCGAUGCCGAUGCCGGAUAUCCGGGACAAGAUGCCCAAAAGGUCAUUCUUACCCCGGUCCAUAGCGGAGAAAUUACCAUUCUCCGCCACCGCGCUCGCGCCGCUCUUCGGUGUCUCCAUGGACUCGGCGAUGGGGAGGGCAAUGGCGGAGACGGUGGCGGAGUGCGAGCGAGCUCCAAGUAGAGGUGAGACGAAGCGGUGCGUGGCGUCCAUGGAGGACAUGGUCGACUUCGCCGCAUCCAUGCUGGGGGACGACAACGUGGUGGUGAGGAGCACCGAGAAUGUGAGGGGAUCCGGGGGGAACAUAUUGGUGGGAAAUGUCACGGGGAUCAAUGGUGGUAAGGUUACCAGGUCGGUGUCGUGCCACCAGAGCUUGUUUCCGUAUCUCGUGUAUUACUGUCACUCGGUGCCCAAGGUGAGGGCAUACGAAGCGGACAUUCUUGACGUGGAGACUGGAGAGAGGAUCAAUCACGGUGUUGCCAUAUGUCAUUUGGACACGUCGGAUUGGAGCCCUGGGCAUGGGGCUUUUGUGGCCCUAGGAUCUGGGCCUGGAAAGAUCGAAGUGUGCCAUUGGAUCUUUGAGGGGGAUAUGACUUGGACGGUUGCAGAUUGAUCAUAAAGAAAUGGAAGAACAGUGAAGCAUUGCUCUUUUGGUGGAGAUCAGGGCAAUGGAUUGUGUGAUCCAUACUGCAAAGAAAGAUGAUUAACAGUCCAAGUUGCUCAUUUCGCUACCAUUGUAAUGAACAUUAUUUUUUUAAUUGGGGUUCUUAGUUUAACAUUGACCUUUUACAUAUAUCUUCUAAGAAACUUGCAUGCGAAGAUCUCGGUUGUCUUCCACUGUUUACAAUUAUAGACUGGGCGGUUGGUCGUAUAUAUUCUGGGCCGAAGCUGGGCCUAGUUUUUGUUCGCAUGUUUCAAGCCCAUAAGUGCAGCAGGGAGGACGGAGGAGGUUAGGAACGGCCGAACGGGAGCUGCGCCAGGUCAGCACCGAGAGGGUUUUGGAGAGGA